CCUGGAUCCACUGACGGCCCAAAUUGGUUCUGGACCGACUGGUUCUGGUUCUUCUGUUGUCUGUGUUUUCUGUUUUAGAAAGUUGGAAUAAAAUCACUCCGGAACUGGACCUGAUCAGGUUCUGCAGGACCGGGUGAACGUUGGGGCUUCCACAAAGUUCUGAACAGCCUCCAGAACCGGUAAAGGCGAGCAGCUGGAUCCGGUUCUGGAAAAGUUCUGUUCUCCAUCAGCAGAUGGAGAGGUCAAAGUUCAUCUGGGUCAGAACCAAAGAUCUCACACUUACUGCAGAGCAUGUUCUGGUCCGGUCCGUUCUCCCUAAAACCAGAACUGAGCUCAGCCUCAUGACAGGUCCAAACCCUGAUCCGGUUCUUCCAGAACAGGUUCUGCUGCUGGUCCAUGAAGUUCUAGAUGGCCUCAGUGUUUCUGGACCGGUCGGAAACAAUCGGGCCCUCAGACACCUACUGACUCGGCAUUUCCAGAACCAGAACCAGGUGAGGAUCAGAACCUGACUGAGAACAGGAAUGUUAGAAGCUUUGGGUCAGAACCGAGCCCAUCUGGUUAAUAUCUGGAUUGCUCUGGGUUCUUUGGAGAAGCUCGACCCAGAAGAACCAGGUCAUUCGGUUCUGCUCAGCCUUCCUGCGGUUUUGUCCAGACUAGAACCCGUCCUGACCAGGAGGAAGAUGGACCGCAGCACGAGGCUGCAGUUUCGCCUUCCGGCCAGCAGGGGUCGCCCUCGGAUGGGAGGACGUUUUCACACUAACACCGUUCAAAGCUUCAGGAAGCCGAACAUCAGAACCGGACCCAACACCAGAAGAUAAAUAUUUGUUCAGAGCUGCAAAUUCCGGACUAAAGUCCAAAUAAACCGAACCUCCAGAAAUGAGCAAAACAUUUCAGCGGUAGAAACGGACCAGACUGGCUCCGAGCUUUUAUUUUGAAGUCUUGCCCCGCUACGCCGGAAGUGUGCGUACGGCGGCUCGCAGGACUCGGUCCGCCUCCAGGUCAUCAUGGGAGACUCCGUGUGCGAAGAACUCGAGGACCUGGUCCACUUCUCCGUCCCAGACCUGCCCGCGAGAGGCUACGUCGUGAUGGAGGAGAUUCGACGUCAAGGCAAGCUGUGUGACGUCACUCUCAAGGUCGGGGAGCACAAGUUCAGCGCUCACCGGAUCGUCCUCGCCGCCUCCAUCCCGUAUUUCCACGCCAUGUUCACCAACGACAUGGUGGAGCGCAAGCAGGACGAGAUCCUGAUGCAGGGCAUGGACCCCAGCGCCCUGGAGGCUCUGAUUAACUUUGCCUACAGCGGCCGCGUCGCCAUCGACCAGCAGAACGUCCAGGCGCUGCUGAUUGGCUCCAGCUUCCUGCAGCUGCAGAACGUGAAGGACGCCUGCUGCUCCUUCCUGCAGGAGAGGCUGCACCCCAAGAACUGCCUGGGCGUGCGUCAGUUCGCGGAGGCCAUGAUGUGCACGGCGCUGUACGACGCGGCCAACGGCUUCCUGCAGCGCCACUUCGUGGAGGCGGCGCUGUCCGAGGAGUUCCUGGCGCUGCGGGCCGAGGAGGUUCUGGAGCUGAUGGGCUGCAACGAGCUCAACGUCAAGGCCGAGGAGCAGGUGUUUGAGGCGGCUCUGGCUUGGGUCCACCACGACCGGGACCGGAGGAAGACUCUGCUGCCGGAGCUGCUGGCCAAGAUCCGGCUUCCUCUCUGCCAGCCGCGCUUCCUGUCCGACCGCGUCCAGCAGGACGAGCUGAUCCGCUGCUGCCACAGGUGCAGGGACCUGGUGGAUGAGGCCAAAGACUUCCACCUGGUCCUGGAGCGCCGCCCUCACCUGCCUUCCUUUAAGACGCGCCCGCGGUGCUGCACCUCCGUCUCGGGGCUCAUCUACGCCGUGGGCGGCCUCAACAGCUCAGGUGACUCCUUGAACCUGGUGGAGGUGUUUGACCCGGUGGGGAACUUCUGGGAGCGCUGCCAGCCAAUGAGGACGGCCCGCAGUCGAGUGGGAGUGGCCGUCGUUAACGGCCUGCUGUACGCCAUCGGCGGAUACGACGGCCAAUCGCGGCUCAGCACGGUGGAGGUCUACAACCCGGAGACGGACGGCUGGACUCAGGUGUCCAGCAUGAACAGCCAGCGCAGCGCCAUGGGAACCGUGGUCAUCGACGGCCAUAUUUACGUCUGCGGUGGAUACGACGGGAAAUCCUCUCUGAACUCUGUGGAAUGUUACUCUCCAGAAACCGACAGGUGGAGCGUGGUGACGGAAAUGAGCGUGAGUCGCAGCGCCACCGGCGUCACCGUGUUCGAUGGGCGAAUCUUUGUGUCGGGCGGCCAUGACGGCCUGCAGAUCUUCAACACGGUGGAGUACUACAACCACCACACGGACCGUUGGCACCCGGCGCCGGCCAUGCUCAACAAGCGCUGCCGCCACGGCGCCGCUGCGCUCGGCAACCACAUGUACGUCGCCGGCGGCUACGACGGCUCCGGCUUUCUGAGCGGCGUGGAGGUGCUGGCCGGCGUGUCGGGCCAGUGGAGCCUCCUGGUGGCCAUGAACACGCGGCGCAGCCGGGUGUCGCUGGUGUCGACAGCAGGCCGGCUGUACGCCGUGGGCGGCUACGACGGCCAGUCCAACCUCAGCUCGGUGGAGAUGCUGAAUCCUGACACCAACCGCUGGGUGUUCAUGGCGCCCAUGGCGAGUCACGAGGGCGGCGUCGGCGUCGGCUGCGUUCUGCUGCAGCCCGCCUAGGAGGGGGCGGGGCCUCUGGCGCUGACCAGAGCUUCUCGGUAGGACGGAGAGGCUCGCCUCCCUCGGCAUUCUGGGAAAAACUGUAGAGCUUCCAGCGGCUGCUACAAUUAAUUACUGGCUUCUGAUUGGUCAGAGGGAGUCCCAUAGAGCUGCUAGCUGUAGGGACAGCACCUGGAGGGGCGGGGCUUCCGGUUUAGGGCGGGGCUUCAUGACCUGCAGGGGUGUAGUCACACAGCCCAAUGACGGAGGAGGCGGAGCUUCAGGGACAUCAGGUGGUGGAGGUGACAUCAUCAGCACCUGGUCAGGUGCUUCCAGGACGUUUCCAGGUGACAGACGCUGGUUUACCUGCGAGCACAGCUCAGUGCGCUCAUGUUGUUCAGAUAAUUUAAUAUAAAUAAUUUAUUCAGGAUAAACGUGUUCAGUCCAAUUUGUUUCUGACAUCAUACCAACAUCACAUGACCAGCUUUGUCUAAACUUUUAAUAAAGUAAGAUAUUCUUUUACAUUAUAGACGUACUACAUCAAAAACAUAUUCAUAUAUUAAUGUAUACAAAAUCACACAAUAUGCUUAAAGCGUCAAAGAAAAUACAAAGUUGAAAUGAAAACUA